GAAGUUUUAUUAAUAGCCACCAAGAUGACCCACAAGAAAAACCUUCUGCUCCUGUACGACCGCCCCCGCGAGCCAAUCUUCAUGGGCAAGGGCAAGGCUAUCUUCGAUUUGCCGGAUAACUAUCUAACCGACCGGUACCGGCCGAUCGGGCCGGAAAUUCAGAACCGAUUCGGAGACCAGGCGGAGGAACGCAUCCCGGUGCGCAGUAUUGCGCUGCCCGACCUACGCAUUCCGAUGUCCCUCGGAAGGCAGGAGCAGUUUUCGCUGUUUAUUCCUCGCCACCGAAAGAUCGCUGCCCGGUUGAUUGACAUCUUUAUGGGAAUGCGUAACAUCGACGACUUGCAGAGCUGCGCCGUGUUUGCGCGGGACCGAAUCAACCCGUAUCUGUUUAACUACGCUUUCUCGGUGGCACUGCUCCAUCGGAAGGAUACCAAAGACCUGGACCUACCGUCAAUUGUUGAGGUUUUCCCGGAUAAGUACGUCGAUUCCAAGGUGUUCGAACAGGUUCGCGAGGAAGCAACCGUAGUUCCAGAGGGAAUGCGAAUGCCAAUCGUCAUACCGAAAGACUUCACCGCGUCCGAUCUGGAUGAAGAACAUCGCCUGUGGUACUUCCGGGAGGAUAUCGGCGUUAACCUGCAUCAUUGGCACUGGCACCUUGUGUACCCGUUCGAUGCCUCCAAUCGAUCCAUUGUGGACAAAGACCGUCGCGGAGAGCUGUUCUACUACAUGCACUCGCAGUUGGUUGCUCGGUAUAACUUCGAACGGUUCUGCAACCGAUUGCAGAGAGUCAAACGUUUGAACAACCUGCGAGAGCCGAUUGCCGAAGGUUACUUUCCGAAGUUGGACUCACUGGUGGCAAGCCGAACCUGGCCUGGACGCGUAAACAACGCAAUGAUCAAGGAUCUGAACCGAGAAGCCGACCAAAUUAAGCAGGACGUAUCGGACGUGGAACGCUGGAUCGACCGUAUCUACGAAGCCAUCCACCAGGGCUACGUGGUGGACGAAUCCGGUAAUCGAAUUUCGCUGGACGAAGAGAAGGGCAUCGACAUUCUCGGGAAUAUUGUCGAGUCUUCUACGCUGUCCCCGAACCGGCAACUGUACGGGGAUAUGCACAAUGCUGGGCACGUCUUUCUGUCGUACACGCACGAUCCGGACCACCGUCAUCUGGAGUCGUUCGGAGUGAUGGGCGACGUUGCGACCGCCAUGCGUGAUCCCGUCUUCUACCGCUGGCAUGCUUUCAUCGAUGAUAUGUUCCAGGAGCACAAGAUCAAGCUGGCGCCGUACACCGCGCGGCAGCUCACUUUCGAGGAAAUCUCGGUUACCAAAAUAGCCGUACAGUCGGAAGGAGCCCCGGCCAACACGCUGCACACCUUCUGGCAACAGUCAGAUGUAGAUUUAUCCCGCGGAAUGGACUUUGUGCCGCGGGGAAACGUGUUUGCUAGAUUCACCCAUCUCCAGCACGCUCCUUUUAUCUACACGAUAGAGAUAGAGAACAAUUCAGAAGCCCAGCGAAUGGGCUUUGUACGGAUUUUUAUGGCGCCACGCAACGAUGAACGCGGCACCCCGAUGCUGUUCCGAGAUCAACGUUUGUUUAUGGUAGAGCUCGACAAGUUUUUAGUAGCCGUUCGUCCGGGAGCCAACCGAAUCCGGCGCCGCUCGCACGAGUCUACCGUCACCAUCCCAUUCGAACGAACCUUCCGCAAUCUGGAUAUCAAACGACCGGAAGCCGGAACAUCCGCCGAGGAGGCUUUCAACUUCUGCGGUUGCGGUUGGCCAGUACACAUGCUGAUUCCGAAGGGUCUCCCCGAGGGUUUUCCCACAGAUCUGUUCGUGAUGGUGUCGGAUUAUGAGGAGGAUCGCGUUAUACAGGAUCUGGUUGGAACCUGCAACGACGCGGCUUCUUACUGCGGCGUACGUGAUCGUCUCUACCCGGACCGAAGAGCCAUGGGAUAUCCGUUCGAUCGACUCGCUCGCACUGGCGUCGACCGGUUGUCCAACUUCUUGACGCCCAACAUGGCUGUACAACCAGUGAACAUUAUUCACAUAGAUAAAACGGUACCCAGACAAUAGGCGAUGAAUUUUCGAUUAACAAUUAGCAAUCAGGCUUAUUUCUCAACUAUGUGCCUUAAUAAAUAUUUGCUUUCAAUCUGAUUAGAAAAAAAACUGCUCAAGCGUUUCAACUAUGUUUAAUAGCAUCGUGUGAUUGGAUAGCCAAACAACCCGCAAUGCAAAUUUCAUACCAUCGCAUUAUCUAGCUUAGCGUGAAAAUUCAAACACAACAACAUAGUUCGCAUA